ACAACAAUAAGCCUCCAAAGUCAAACAUGGAUCCUACACCUAACCGGCAACUACCCACCACUGUACGCUGCCACAUUGUGGCCGUGCCGUUUCCUGGUAGGGGUCACAUCAACCCCAUGAUGAGUCUAUGCAAACUCAUAGCUUCAAAAACACAAGACGUUCUCAUAACCUUUGUGGUUACUGAAGAAUGGUUCGAGAUCAUUGGCUCUAAUAGCAAGCCUGAAACUAUCCGCUUGGCUUCCAUACCAAAUGUUAUACCCUCUGAGCAGCUUCGAGGACUUGACUUUCCUGAGUUUUAUGAAGCUGUUCAGACCAAAAUGAAGGCUCCAUUUGAGCAGCUUCUUGAUCAGCUUGAGCCACCGGUGAGCAAUAUUGUAAAUGAUAUUGAUCUCUUGUGGGCUACAAGUAUUGGUAACAGAAGAAAUAUUCCUGUAGCCAUUCUUUGCACAACAUCGGCAACAUUUUUAAACAAGUUGCAAUACUUCAGCCAGAUUGAAGAUCGAGAUUUGCUGGUUAAUUUGUUGGUUUUGAUAAAUAACUCAUAUGUAUAUUUCUCUCGUGGGACAGGAGAAGAAGAUGAGACCUUAAACAUCCCUGAAGGAAUCUCUCCAAGUCAAGUACCAGAAUUCAAAAACAUCUUCUAUGGAAAUGCCAAAAAAGGCACACAACUUUCACUAUUAGCUCAUUCAUGGGUGCCAAAAUCUCAAUACCUUCUCUUCACUUCCCUCUAUGAGCUUGAACCCCAAGUCUUCAACACUCUCAAACCAAAAUUCUCCUUCCCCCUCUACCCCAUUGGCCCUGCUGUCCCUCCCUUGAACUCUCCACCCAAUUCUCCACAAAUCUCCCAAUGGCUAGAUUCUCAACCCACAGGAUCGGUCCUCUAUGUCUCCUUGGGAAGUUUCGUCUCAGUCUCAAGUGCCCAAAUGGAUGAACUUUUAGGUGGGUUGAAAAUCAGUGGAGUUAAGUUCUUGUGGGUUGCUAGAGGAGAGAGUUCAAGGUUGAUUAAGAAGGGAGAAAACAUGAAUGGAUUGAUAGUGGAUUGGUGUAGUAGUCAAUUGGGGGUGUUGUGUCAUGAUUCCAUUGGUGGGUUUUUGACUCAUUGUGGGUGGAACUCUACUCUUGAAGGGCUUUUUGCUGGAGUUGCCAUGCUUACUUUUCCUAUAAUGUAUGAUCAAGUGACAAAUGAGGAGCUGAUUGUGGAGGGGUGGAGAGUUGGGUGGAGGGGGAGGGGGAGAGUUGUUGGAGAUGAUCAAAGUUUGGUGAGUGGACAAGAGAUUUGUGAGAGGGUGAAGAGGUUUAUGGAUGAAGAGAAUGUUGAGGUGCAAAAUUUGAGGAAAAGAGGCAGAGAAGUUAGAGAAAUUUGUCAUCGAGCUAGGGCAAACGGUGGAUCUUCUGAUAAAAACUUAGAUGCUUUUAUCAAGGAUAUUUCACAAAACCAUUAUCGUCAUUGAGCUAAUUUGAGAUUUAAGAAAUUUUAGGAUUUGAGUAGUAAUGUUCUACAUGUACAAAAUUAGGAUCCCAGGUAAUGUGACUAAUAACUUGUUACCAUUAUGCUACUUACAAGGAGUCACAUCACUUGAGAUCCAAAGUUAAGAUUUGUAUACAUAACAUUAUCAAAUUAUCUUAUUUUCUACGUUAUGUUAGUAUAAGAUUUUCAUUAAUAAAUGGUUUUGUACGACGCUAAAAG